GAUCUAGCUGUAAAACGUUUGGGCCUAGAGAUUGCUCCUCUCAGGAACUCAGGUUUCAGAUAAAAUGUAAGGAUAGUAAAAACGGGAGGUUUGGCCUUGUUGUGCAAUGGUAACAACGGUAAGGGUGGUUGAGUAUGGAAGUAACAAGCAUGUCCCAAGCUCUACAACUCCAUGCUCAAUUCCUCAAAUCCCAAACCCAAAACCAUCAAAACCUCUCCAACCUCUUUACCUUCGCAGCUCUUUCCCCCUCCGGAAACCUCAACUACGCUCGUCUUAUCCUCAACUCAAACCCAUCUCUCAACUCUUACUACUACAACACUAUCAUUCGAGCUUAUUCUCAUUCCUCCAACCCCACCCAUCAUCUCCAAGCACUUUCCCUCUUCCUCUUCAUGCUCCAAUCACCCACCAAUCACCACAAUGUGCCUUUACCCGAUAACUUCACUUAUCCGUUUGUUUUAAAAUGCUGUGCGCGCUUGAAACUUGUUCCGCAAGGAAAACAGAUUCAUGGGUUGAUCACUAAGAUGGGUUUUGGUUCUGAUUUGUAUAUUCGAAAUGCGCUGGUUCAUAUGUAUUCUGAAGUGGGUGAACUGGGUGUUGCACGUGAGGUGUUUGAUAGAAUGUUUUAUAGAGAUGUGGUUUCGUGGACAUCGAUGAUUGAUGGUUUUGUGAAUCAUGAUCUUCCUGUUGAGGCGAUUGAGUUGUUUGAGAGAAUGUUGGUAAGUGGGGUUGAAGUGAAUGAUGCUGCGGCGAUUUCUGUUUUGAGAGGUUGUGCGGAUUCGGGAGCGUUGAGUGUGGGGAGGAAAGUGCAUGGGAUUUUGAAGGAGAAGGGGAUUUAUUUGAAGGGUAAUGUCUGUACUGCGCUUAUUGACAUGUAUUCGAAAUGUGGGUGUUUAGAGAGUGCGAGGAAGGUGUUUGAUGAUGUUGUGGAUAGAGAUGUUUUUGUUUGGACUGCGAUGAUUUCUGCCCUUGCUUGUCACGGGAUGUGCAAAGAAGCGAUUGAUAUGUUUGUUGAAAUGGAAAUAUGUAAUGUAGUGCCUGAUGAGAGGACUGUUACGGUUGUUUUAUCGGCGUGUAGGAAUGCAGGCUUGGUUCGUGAAGGUUAUAUGUUUUUUAAUGAUGUCCAGAAGCGUUACGGUAUGAAACCCACUAUUCAACAUUUUGGUUGCAUGGUGGACCUUCUUGCAAGAGGAGGGUGUUUGAAGGAAGCUGAAGAUUUUAUUAAUGCAAUGCCAAUGAAACCUGAUGCAGUCCUUUGGAGGACCUUGAUAUGGGCAUGCAAAGUUCACGCAGAUACUGAAAGAGCCGAGCGUUUGAUGAAACACCUUGAGCUGCAAGGUAUGGGUAAACAUGAUAGUGGAAGUUACAUACUUGCUAGUAAUGUUUAUGCGUCUGUAGGAAAGUGGUGUGACAAGGCAGAAAUGAGAGAAUUGAUGAAUAAAAAGGGGUUGGUAAAGCCACCAGGGUCUAGUAGGAUUGAAGUUGAUGGUGUUGUUCAUGAAUUUGUGAUGGGGGAUUAUAAUCACCCUGAAGCAGAGAAAAUAUUUGUCGAAUUGGACCAGAUGGUAGAUAAGCUGAGAAAACAAGGGUAUAACCCUAAAGUAUCAGAGGUAAUGCUUGAGAUGGGUGAUGAGGAGAAAGCCAUUCAGUUGCUUCAUCAUAGUGAGAAGCUAGCUCUUGCUUAUGGACUGAUCAGGACAUGUCCUGGGUCCAAAAUCAGGAUUGUAAAGAACCUAAGGUCUUGCGAGGACUGUCACGAAUUCAUGAAACUAAUCUCUAAGGUUUACCAAAGAGACAUCAUAGUAAGAGACAGAAUACGAUUCCAUCAUUUCAAAAAUGGGGAUUGUUCUUGUAAGGAUUAUUGGUAGCACGGGAGUGGUCCUUGGAUUAAAUGUUGUAAUUUGUAAAAGGAAAACUUGUAGAGAAAACCCAUGUACAGUCACAAGAGCUGCUAGCUUUGAUACCUAAUUUGGCUAUCAAGACAAAUUGUAAAUGCCAAGGAAUUUUUUCUACUUGCAUGGACAUGAUUUCAGAUUUUAAACAUAAAUCAUUAGUGGUGGCCCUUUUUUUGAUAAAUACCAAUUGACGGGAUAUUCCAUAAUCCAUAAUCCAUGACAAAUGUGCAUAUUCAGAGUACUGCUACAUAAUUCAGUUUCUAGUUGGUUAAGAUAUAGGAAACCUAGAGAGGAAGAACCAAACUCAUUCUUUGGAAGUUUUUUGGUCAGAUACUGUUGGCGAUUUGCAGAAAAAUUCAAAAUCUAGAAUAGUCUGACUGGUGGACAAUUAUCAAUCAAUUAAGGAGCAAAUUACUGGGGGCAAAAUAGGAAUCAAGGACGCUUUAAAUUCUGACAUCAAUCUUGAACUAUAAACAUGAAGGAAUGCUUCUCUGAAGUUAAACUUCAUUUUAAAGGUUAAAGUGAGAGAUCUAAACCAUUGCUGAUAGACUGUCAUUUAUGAUAAAAUAGAACUUGUUUGCUGUCUUAUGAUCUCUGUGAAGUCACCAUCUAUAUUAUAAAAUGACAUUUCUUAUUCUUUACUACUUUGUAGCAUUGAACUUGAGAAACUGACAGGAGCUGUUUUUAAAUUUAUCAGAUUACUUCCAUGGUCAGGAACCUAUAUGAAUUGCUUCAUAACUUAACCUUAAUUUUGAUUCCAAGUGGUAUCAGUUUCUGUACUUUUGUCAGUUCAUGAGGCAAUAUUCCCUAUUAGUUUUUCAGGAAUAUUGCCAACUUCAAUUCUUAGAAAAUUUUAAUUUCAUGUGUUUCUGGUUACCGUAUGAGUUUUUACUGAAAAUCUGUGUUUGCAAAGGGAAAAGAAUAGUGUCUCCAAUACUAAAUAGUACUACUUCCCUCUCACCCUCUCCCUUUCUAAUAAUGCUCAGUUACACCAUACUUAAGAAUAUUUUUAGAGUUUACGGAUAUACUCACUGAACCGACAUCUAAUGAGAACUCAUUAUAUUAUAUUUUACAUUGACGGUGCACGUCCCCUUUUCUCACAAUUUUUUGGAUCCUUAGACGAAAUGGUAAUAACUACUAGAAACUCACACACAACCGUGAGUACUACUAGGGUUCGAACCAUGGUGAUGACGUUCUGCCUAGCAAUAUCAGCUUUUGUAAGUUGAGCUAGGAUUUGCAAACCCCUUUUCUCACAUUUUUAACUCAUUAUAUAUAUUGUUGUUUAACUCAUUUUUAAGAAGAUGGCAUAUUCUAGAGCACACUUGCUAAAUGACAUCACUUUAACCUACUUCAAUUAGAUCUUAAUUAAAAUACUAAACUUCUGUCAAAUGUAAUCAGAGUUAGGACAACUUUUUACCAAAGCAUGUGAACCAUUCAAUUGCAUGGCUGGCCACAUGCCCACCCCCCUUUCCAAUAAACAAUACCCUAAACUUUAAUUUCAAAACAUGUAAUCAAAUAUUCUAAUCCAAAAAGAAAGCAUCAUGGGAGAUUUCAUCACCCAUGCCUCUAUUUUCUAAUGUUUGCACCUAUAUCAAUACAUCAUAUAGACCCCAUACUUAGAAUAAUAGAAUUAUAUGUAAACCAGAACAGCAAAGGACACCGACUUUCAUAACUUCUGUUGCUGGUUUAAAUUAAUGUCUUCACUGUCCCGUUAAAUCGGCUCAGUUAGUAUCUGUGCAGGGACAUCAAAUGCAGGAGCACCCAAAAAAAAUAUUAAUGUCUUCAAAUUUUUUGUUCGUUUUAAGCAAAGGAAAAUGAAAUGUAAAUUUGAGUGGUUUCACCUUUAUAACUUUACUUUGUCACUUAGGCAAAUAAUGGAAACCAAGUAAGAGUCACCAUUUUGUAGCUUAACCAAGCCUAGUAUGGGAAUCUUAUCAGUUAGUAUAUUUAACUCAAAACAAAAAACAGGCACCAAAAAAGUUUCUAUUUUAGAAGUGAUUACCAAAUACUCCAAUAUACAAAACUUGAUAAUUGGUUUAAUGUAUUUUUUUGACUUAUUACUUCUUUUACUGUCUUUUUCUAAUAAUGGUUUUGAAUGAUAAUAUAUAACCUUGAUGUAUGAGAAACUUUAUUAUCUGAUUGAAAUAAUAUUCUGAGAAUCUUUGUUCCUUUACAGACAAUCUUGCAUUCCUUCACAUAACAUAACAUAUAGCACUAUUAUGGAGCAUCACUAAAAGAUGUAUAUGAUUCAUGCUUUUAUUUCAUGACCACUAUAUUGUCCAUUCAUCUAUUUCCCUUUUGUAAACUGGGAAUUAUUCUUUCUUCAUUUGUGUACCAGAGUUAAGGGAAAUGUUAUUAAUGGAAAAAGAUAUGUUUGAUAAGAAAUAAAGCAUAUACGGUUUUAUUCCUUACUAGAGAUUAAAAUUGAAAAUAAAAUAAUCAAUUGUUUAGACUCAUGUAGAUAAUGAACUUCAACUAAAGAUAAAUUAAAUCGUUUAGAAGAAUUGAAGUUCGAAUCAUGAAUGAAACAAUUAUUUGUCGGAUUUUACUUAUUUAUCGGCUAAAUUCUGAAUUACCGGACACAUUUUUCUUUAGAAACGAGAGGGUUAAGACUAUACAACAAUAAUAACAGCAAUAAGCUUUAUACCAAUUAUACCACUAAGAGCAUAAAUAUAGGGGGUGGUAUUUGCCACAUGUACCACUUGUGUCAUAAUAGUAUGGAUAAUUGAAUGCAAAUGGUGUAGUAUUACAUAACCACCAUAUCCAAAUAAUGCUACGGUGCUUUUCAAUUUUUUAGUGUAUAUUGUGUGAUUAGUGGGACCCAUUUUAAGUUUUUAGAUGGGUAGUAUGGAUAUUUACAAAUUUUAAUUAGUGGUUUAAAUAA